AUGGGAACCUCAAACUCGAGCAAAGAAACGUGUGAACGCGCGAAAAACUUGGCCAAUGCCAUAGGAAGUUAUCAUCUCAAUUUUAAUAUGGAUGACGUUGUGACUUCGGUGCAUACUCUGUUUAAUUUUGUCACCAAAAAAACACCGAAAUUUCGCGUCAAUGGUGGAACCGAAGUUGAAAAUCUAGCUUUGCAGAAUAUACAGGCACGACUAAGGAUGGUUUUGUCUUAUCUAUUUGCACAACUUUUGCCCUGGGUGAGAAGUAAAAGUGGAUCGUUGCUAGUCCUAGGUAGUUCAAAUGUAGACGAAUGUCUUCGCGGCUACCUAACGAAAUAUGAUUGUUCGAGUGCAGAUUUAAAUCCGAUUGGAGCCAUUAGCAAAAUUGAUUUGCGUAAGUUUAUUAACUACGCUAAAACUGAAUUUGAUCUUCCGAUACUGGAUGAAUUUCUGAAUUCAGUACCAACGGCCGAGCUUGAGCCAAUCACAGGCGAUUAUGUUCAAGCUGACGAGGUCGACAUGGGCAUGACGUAUGAUGAACUGUCGGUUUUUGGACGACUGCGUAAAAACGAACGGUGUGGUCCAUUUUCAAUGUUUUCAAAACUUGUACACGAAUGGGGAUCCGUGCUGCAACCGUCCGAGAUCGCUUCAAAGGUUAAGAGGUUUUUCUUUUAUUAUUCUGUAAAUCGUCACAAAAUGACGACCCUCACACCGUCGUACCAUGCCGAGACAUAUAGUCCUGAUGACAAUAGGUUUGAUCUCAGGCCGUUUCUAUACAAUACAGCCUGGAGCUGGCAAUUUAAGAAAGUUGAUUCAUUAGCUGAUGAACUAGAAAAAGAAGCUUAG